ACAAGAUGUUUCCUGAAGACAAACCAGGGUUAUUGGAGCACUAUGGAUAUGCAGAGUCCAUGCAAAUCUUGGAAAGGGACAAUAUGCCUAGAGCAAGUGAUCUCCUUUUAUCAGUUUCAGUAUGUGCUGAAGUAUACAAAACCAAAAUUGUUGAUCUUGCCUUAGCAGCAAGUGAAGAACUAAGGCAAAUGGCUCAAGAACAAGAACCAUUAUGGCUAUUUGACACUAAUAAGCAAACAGAGGUACUCAAUGAAGCAGAGUAUAAGCGACGAUUCAUUCAUCUUGAUCAGACUUUAGAGGAAAUAAUCCAAUUCCUUGCAAAUGGAGGGCCUAUUGACGUGCCAAACUUUAAUGGAAACGUCGAAAUUGAGAUGGAAAAUUCAACGACGCCCUCUGAAAUCGAAGCAUCAAGAGCUAUUGGGAUUGUCCUUGUGGAUCCAAUCAACCUUGUGCAUAUGUUGAUGGAUGUCGACCAGUGGUCAUGUGUGUUCUCCAACAUUGUUCCAAAAGCAACAAAUAUUGGACUUCUAUUGACAGGAGGAGAUGGAAAUCUUAAUGGAGCUUUACAAGUGAUGACAGCACAAUUUCAUCUUCCUUCUCCACUUAUUACGCCCCGGGAGGUCUAUUUCGCGAGGCACUCUCGACAACUAGAUUUCAAUACUUGGCUAGUAGCUGAUGUCUCCUUAGAGAGUGUUUUUCCUAGUCCAUUAGUCCAGUGUCAAAGAAGACCAUCCGGAUGCCUAAUCCAAGGGCUUCAAAAUGGAUUAUCAUUGGUUACUUGGGUGGAGAAUAAUGUAGUCUGCAACGGUUUGGUUCCCGAAAUGUUCAGGCAGACGCUUAAAUCAGGGAUUGCAUUCAGCGCAAAGCGUUGGAUGAUGACCAUGGAGAGACAUUAUGACAGACAUGCAAUUUUGCAUAAACAACAUGGUCAACCAUUGCAACAACCUUUGCAAGACAUCAACAUAGGGGAAGGACAGAAGAAUUUAAUGAAGCUGGCAGAACGAAUGAUCAGAAGUUACAAUGAUAUUUUUAUCUCGUGCAGUGAAAACCAAUGGAUGCCCUUAGGUAUACAUGGUGGUGAAGAUAUCUUUGUGAAAACAAGCAUGAAUUUAGAUGAUCCAGGAACCCCUCGUGGUGUUGCAGUAACGAUUUCAACUUCCGUGUGGGUACCAAUCCCACAAAACGACGUUUUUCAGUUCCUUCGAGCAGGGGCAAAUCGCUGCAAGUGGGAUUUACUCUCCUAUGGGUGUAUGACUCGAGAUGCACUACAUAUUUCUUCAGCAAGAGACCCUGCAAACUCUGUUUCACUAAUCAUGUUGGAGCCUCCAAAUGGAAGACCAGACAAGUCAGAAAUUUUUUACCUGCAAGAAACCUUCACAGAUUCAACAGGAAUGUACAUAAUUUAUGCACCAGUUGAUGCCUCAGUUGUGCAGUAUAUUUUGGAAGGCAAAGACUCUGAUGGUGUAGCCAUGUUGGCUUCAGGAUUUUCUGUCCUCCCUUGUACUUCUGAGGGAAGUGUUCUAACAAUAGCAUUUCAGGUGAUGGAUGAAGAACUACUAACGCCGCAGUAUCUUCCCCCACACUCGGUGUUUACAGCAAACAGACUCGUAUCUGAAACAGUCUCCCUCAUCAAGGCUUCAUUGUUGCUCAACUCUGCAUGCUGAGACAUUAUUUUGUUUUCUUUCUGAUUUUCUUCUUUACUGAGAUGAGAGGAUGUUUGGCAUCUAAAGAAUAUUUUCCCUAGUUUUUUUCUCUCUAACUUAGUUAAUAGAGAAGGUUCGGUUGGACGUCAGGACGUGACAAUCAUGAGUUUAGUAGCCGAUUUUACAUGUGCUAUUAAGGUUAUGUUCAAGUUUUCCAAAGUAUUUGACUUGUAGCUAGUGUUGGCGAACUUUAGACCUGUGCUGUUGCAGUUGCUUCGCUUUCGUCUUCUUCUUGUUUCUUCAUGAUGAGAACUCAUGCACUGCAUAGCAACUGUGUUUUCUGUUUAGUGGCACGAACAAUUGUUUCUGGUUCAAACAAAAAUGGAACCACCUUCAGUCGUGGAGGUUCAAAGUGCUAGAGUUAUGCCAACUUCACAUUUGGACUAAUCUCAACUUCAAACAAUUGAAGUCCAAGGUUUGAUAGUUUAAACUUCAUACAAACAGGUUCAAAGUUUGGGACUGUGAAGCCUAUUUUUAUACCUAAAUAUAUAAAGUUUGAACUGCAAAAGUAAUAUGCCAACU